UGUGCGCUUGGCCUCGCGGUCUCUCUCGACGCUGAUCGGAAGCAACUCUUCUUCUCCUCUCGGCUGCUUCCUAAGUCCUAACCCUAGGGACGUAGUCCCAAAAUUGCAGCCUCUCCUGUCUCUCAUCGGCUCGGCCUUCUUCUUUUUCUUUCCCUCUCAGCCUCUCUCGAUCCCUGGCUAUCUCCGCCUCCCGUUUCUUCUUAUUUUCGCCAUCCAGGACGCUCUCGCAGCAUUCUCGUCCGGAUCAAUCCAAUCUUUCGCAGUCUUGCCCGGUCUCUUCUCGUGUACAACUCCCGUGUUAUUUGCUCUUGUAUGAUAAUUAUUGAUAAGGUCAUGGAGCUUGAGGAAGUUGCUGAUAGUGAACAAUUAUUUGGACGAGGCUCUCCUCUUGGGCCAAUAGAUCCAAGGAAAGCCAGGUUCCCCUGCUGCAUAGUGUGGACGCCCCUACCCUUGAUCUCAUGGCUUGUGCCUUUCAUUGGCCAUAUUGGCAUCUGCAGAGAGGAUGGUGUGAUCCUAGAUUUUGCAGGGCCUCAUUUCGUGAGUGUUGAUCAUUUCAAUUUUGGAUCAGUGACGAGAUACAUUCAAUUAAGCAGGGAAGAGGGUUCCCUCUCCACCAAUUUGGCGGAUUCGCCGAAAAAUGAAGCUUUAGAAAGCAAUGAGAAAAUGACAUGGGAUGACGCGCUGAGGAAAAGCACACAGGAUUUCCAGCACAGAUCGUACAGCCUAUUCACCUGCAACUGCCAUUGCUUUGUCGCAAACUGUCUGAAUAGAAUGUCUUAUGGUUGUAGCAGACAUAGAAGGUGGAAUGUGGUGAACUUGGCAGUUCUGAUGUUCUUUAGGGGAACUUGGGUUGAUAAAUUAGCUGUGCUGAAGUCUUUCUUGCCUUUUGCAACUGUGCUUUGUCUGGGGCUUCUAUUAGGUGGCACGAAUUUCUUCGUAUUUCUUGGUGGUUUUGCACUUGCACUUGUAGGCUGGUUCCUUGUUGGAACAUACUGUUUCAAGAGUCUUGUACUGUUGUAAUUGUUGAUUUUCAUAUUGGAUGAUACUGUGAUGAGAUUUGAAUUGUAGAAUAAAUUAUGAUUUAUGUAAAAUGUAUGAAGAAUGGAUGUGAUUAAGGUUUCA